CAGACUUUUUUUGGUUGAGCAUACUUCCCGACAUCACCGCAAUGAGCAAUGCCCGCUCCAUGAAGCGACUCAAUGGCAUUGCGAAAAGUGCUCCAAGUCUAUGCUUCGCACAGCAGGAUGCCUUACCGACGCAAUCCCAGAUCAUAGCAAGGUUCUGUUCCCAAUGGACAUCGCGGAGAACAUCGCUGGAGCUCCCGCGCCAGAAGCCUUGUCCGUCACGUCGAUUGUCCGCCACGAGACAGCUCUCCAGCUCGUCACCAUCAUUCCGGCCAAUACAACAUGGAGGAACCGCUCCCACGACCCUCGAAGCUCACAAUCGCGAAGUGGCCAGCAUCGCUGCUAGAGUGCGUGAUUUCUACGACCGUAAAGAGAAGUUCAGGAUAGCACAUGGCUCGACGAACUCGACGAGGAAGAAUAGCAAGGACCCCAAAAAGCUGGUGGAUACAAGCAGAUUGAAUCAUGUUGUCAAGGUGGAUACUGUCAACAAGACGGCGCUGGUUGAACCGAACGUGCCGAUGGACCGACUAGUAGAAGAGCUACUCAAGCAUGGCCUGGUCCCUCCCGUCGUCAUGGAGUUCCCAGGAAUUACAGUCGGCGGUGGCUACAGCGGAACCUCAGGGGAGAGCAGCUCCUUCAAACAUGGCUUCUUCGACCGCACUCUCAAAUCGGUGGAGAUGGUCCUCGCCACGGGUGAAGUCGUCACAUUAUCCGAAAGCGAGCGUGAAGAUCUCUUCCGCGGUGCCGCAGGUGCAGUCGGUACAAUGGGGGUCACAACAAUGGUCGAGUUGCAGAAUCUUCACACUGCGACCAAAUUCGUUGAGACGACCUACCACCCGGUCGUCAGCAUGCAGGACGCGAUUGAGAAGCUUCAGGACUUUACCUCCAGGCCUGAUGAUUUUGACUACGUUGACGGGAUCAUGUUCUCCCUGACCAGUGGAGCGAUUGUAACAGGCAAGAUGACCGACACUUCCACCUUUCCCAUCCAACGAUUCAGUGAUGCGAAGGAUCCUUGGUUCUACCUCCACGUCCAAGACAAAAUCUCGCGCUCUAGUGAGCCAACCUCAGAAGCAGUUCCCCUGCCCGAAUACCUCUUCCGCUACGACCGCGGCGGGUUCUGGGUCGGCAAGGGGGCCUUCGAGUACAUGAAGUUUCCAUUCAAUCGAACGACACGUUGGUUUCUGGACGACUUCCUCCACACGCGAAUGCUCUACAACGCAUUGCACUCCAGCGGACGAUCCGAACAGAUGAUCGUGCAAGAUCUAGCUCUUCCAUACCACACCGCAACCGAGUUCGUCGAGAGGAUGGACCGAUUGACGGGAAUUUGGCCGCUGUGGUUAUGCCCGCUCAGGCAGAGCACUGGCAAGACGAUGCACCCUCAUUUCCAAGCGGACAAAGUCGAACCAGAACAAUUACUCAACAUCGGGCUUUGGGGCCGCUCCCCUCCUCCCCAAACAUCAGAAUCAUUCAUCAAAACAAAUCGUGCCAUCGAAGAAACCCUCCAAGAACUGGGCGGCAUGAAGUGGCUAUAUGCGCAAACCUACUUCAACGAAACAGACUUCUGGAAAGACUUUGACCAAGACUGGUACAAUGGACUGCGAGAGAAGUACCACGCCACGACGCUGCCGACCGUGUAUGAAAAGGUGCGCGUGGAUGUCGAGGCGGAACGAAAGGCGAGGGAAAGCAGGUCUUGGACGCAGAGGGUGAGGGAGAUGUGGCCGUUUGCGGGGUUGUAUGGGUUGAGGCAGAGCAUUAAAAGUCGGGAUUAUAUGAAGGCCAGGGAGGCGACGUGGAAGGAUUGGGUGCCGAGGGAGUGA